AUGUCUGAUUUGGCUGAAGCAGUUGUUCGAGGUGAUAUUUUGGUUGACGAGAUUGAUGUGAUCCAAGCUGUGAGAAAUGGGCGCCUCACUGAAAAUGAUGGAGCGCGGUUUAGUGCUAUUCUCGGGCAAUAUACAAAAUCACAAGCAAGUACGACUGCAGUACUUUUAUCAGAAGCCAUAUCAAUAAAUUCUCACGAUUCACCUGAGGACUGCUUAGUGUCAAAUCAGGACCCAAUACCAAGCUCGACCGAGUGGGAUCAUGUGCUAGUAGAUGAGGUAGAUUUCAUCAAAGCCUUUAAAUCUGGACGCAUUAGCAAGGAUGACUCUCAUCUGACUCGCAUUAACAAAGAACUUUUGGAGGAGACAUCAGGUGAUGUUGAGGAAGCAAAGAUAAGCUUCCACGAUGAUAUCUCCGCCAAAGAAGAUAAUGCGUCCGACGCUUCCUCUACUGAUGUUUUAAUUUAA